UCCCACCAAUUGAUCAAUGGACAUCUUCAAGCCAUGCCGAGCUUCGUUAAGAGAAGCCCUGAAUCACACAUCGAGUCGCCAAAAAAAAUGACAAGGAGUCAUUGAAGGAUCUAGGUGCAACUGUUAUUUUUGCGGCGGAGGCUGCCUACCACCUCAGGCAAUAUGACUCCGAGAAAGAACGCUACAGAUUCCAGUUUCAAGAGUGUUUGUUCAAGUUAGUGCGAUGCAACAAUAAUCACGAGGAGCUAGGUGCAUUCGAGCGGAUUCCUGAAUGGAAACGUGCAAAAAUGACUAUAUUUCACGAGGAAGUCGUGCGGCCGUUGGUUGAGUGGUUCCAAAACGAAUCCAAAGAGGCUGAUACUGGAGAGGCAGGCCCAUCUCUUAAGGACUACUACGCUGCAUUUUACUACUAUCAAUCUGCCUGCAGCCUGUGCGCGAGGUUUCAAAAGGAUGAGAAAGGCGUCUACAAGGACUGGGGGAUGCCCAGAUAUGGCAAGCCUGAUCAUGAUGUUUAUUUUCAUAACAAGAUGCUUUCAAUGAUCCAAAUAGACUUGUGUGGGAAGUGGGAGCAGCGUAUUCUAGGGAAAAUAGCCGACUGGGUGGGGGGUCAUUACUCAAAAGUUAUAAGCUACGCGCAGACGAUUCGCCGGGAGGAUUGUCCAAAGCGUGAAUGUAAGUUCAAAUUUCAUGUCCACAGUUCAUAA